ACAGUUAAGACGAAAAGCGUGUUGUGUAUGUAUACAAAUUGAACGGAGAUCAAACUAUGGAAAGGAAAUUUUAUUAGACUGACGAGUGCUGUGCGAAAUCGGCGGAUAAACAAGCCGUUACGUAAUGACUGCUAAUUAAAAUAACCAGGAAGAUUUGAGGUGCGGGAAGGUGGUUCCGCCUGUGCUGUCAAAUGAAAAGAACAGAUGAAAGGCAAGAUGUCGUCGUCGCGUGCAUGUGGUUACGGUCUGCCUAUCUCAUUGCUGCUGAUGAAGAGUAAAUAGAAAAUAACGAAUACGAACACAGAAUUAUGUCGGACCUGGCAUCCUGCUCGGCGACAAACGACACUACAGGCAAUGACGAAACGCUCGUUGAGGAUUUAAAAAUUUCUAGGAAAAAAUGGGAGAGAUUCAGCAACUGGGUGCACUGCAUAUGUGUUGUUACAUUCGAUCUCGAACUUGGCCAAGCGUUAGAGCUUGUUUAUCCAAGUCAUAUAAAACUGACGGAGCAAGAGAGAUCGAACGUCUGUUACCUGGCGUUUCCAGAUUCAAAUUCCGGUUGCAUGGGAGACACGCAGUACCAUGUCAGAAUUAGGCAAAAUGGAAAAACGGCGCAGAAUACUGAAUCGUUAAAAGAGUACGAUAGAAAGUGUCCAGUCUUUGUGCAGUCAGACAGAGAUUACUACUGGGGAUACGUGUACUUUAGGCAGGUCAAGGACAAGACUUUGCCUAGAGGAUAUUUUCAGAAGAGUAUAGUGAUUAUAACAAAACUACCACUAGUGAAUCUGUUCAGUGAGAUCUGUGCCCUUAUAGCUCCAGAAUUUUUUGAGUCUGGCAUCUCAGUCAUGGAAGCUGUUAGUCGAGAAAUUGAUCGGUGGCCACCGCCUGUUCCAGGCCAAAUACUUCAUCUCACACUGAUGAAUGUUCUCUUCCAGACCUACAUUCCAAAUCAAAAUUAUAAAGCAACCGUGCCGACGGUAGCUGCACUAGACCACACAACAAAAAAACAUUCCUUGCGUAAGAUUGUUCUGACUUCUGCCUACGAGGGAGACAUGUUCCGGAGCUUAGCCAGCGUUGUUAGCCAUGUACAUUUACUCUGGGAAUUAGCACUUCUAGGUGAACCAAUAGUCGUUAUGGCCAGCUCACCGACUACUUGUGCAGAGAUGGUUCAAGCUCUGACUGCAACAAUAGCGCCAUUGAAAUACUGUGCCGAUCAUCGUCCAUAUUUUACCAUCCAUGAUUCAGAGUUUAAAGAAUAUACAACUGAUGCUCCGUCACCGCCAGCUGUCAUUUUGGGAGUAACGAAUCCAUUUUUUGCUAAAACCCUGCAACAUUGGCCUCAUAUAAUUAGAAUAACGAAUGGCUCAAAUAUAGAAAACCAAAAAUACAGGAUUAAAAAAUCUGAAAAUCUUAAAGUUUUGGACUCAAAACCGGGCGUUUACACCCAGUACAAACCAUUUUUGCAAAAAGAUAAAGCCAUUUUGAAAAAACUGCUAAGAGGGAUUCAGACCAAGAGGCCUGGAGAGGUACAGACAGCCCUUCUUAGAAGACAUCUUCUGGAACUGACUGAAAGUUUUAUGAUCCCCUUGGAAAGAUACAUAGCCAGUCUCAUGCCUUUGCAAAAAAACAUAUCUCCCUUCAAGGCUACGCCGAUACCUCAACUGUUCAAUCCUGACGAUUUUUUGGCAACAUUGAGCAGUGCCGGACCUCAAUUGACAACGGGGAUAAAGGGUGAUUGGGUUGGGUUGUACCGCCGGUUUUUUAGAUCGCCCAAUUUUUCGGGUUGGUUUCACACCAGGUACAUGGAGCUGACGCAGAAGCUGCAAGCUAUACAAUUGGAAGCCUUAUCUGAAGCGGACUUGAAAACAUGGGUACAGGGUAAACAGGAAGUCGAGGUGGUGGACAUGAUAUUGAGGAUUCGUCAAAAGCUUGAUAAAAGCUACGAAGAUGACGUACCAAUAAGUCAUUCAGUCCAGGAAAAGCUCAACGAGCGAAUAAACGACAUCAUUUACACUCUACCCGACGAUUUACGAAUAAUCUUAAGUGUUAAGUCUUGACAAUUUGAUCUGAUCCUUAGCGCGAUAAUAAUUUAGCCCUUUAAUCAAUUUUUCCAUUACUGAUUGGUUUUCUGAUCGAGUCAGUCAGUUUUACCGUGAAAAGACGAAAUAAGUAUAGGGUGAGAAAAAAUGAAAAUGGUUCUGCUCAAAACGACCCGGAACAUGUAAAUAAACAAAAUACGAUUCGCCGUCACUCUAUGACACGUUAAAUACGUUGAAAUUCGUGAGAACUACUGCCAAAUAUAGUACGUAGAAAUCGUAAAUUUUAUCUUUCUUUGUCACUUUCUCCAACGACGAAUUAGAGAAAACUCUGGUUCGUGAUUAGCUGAAAAUAAUCGUAUCAACUCACAUACAAUGUAAUGAAAUAUUAGAUUCAAGAACUCCCCCUUCUCAAUAUAAACAUCAACGAACAACUCAAUAGUGAUUAAUAAUGAAAUAUUUAAUUUUUCAACCGUGUCUGAAACAGGUUUUAUUUACAAUAUUUGUACAUAUUUAAACUGCGAGAUUAAUUUUAUGUGAAAAAUAAUUGAAAACUGAGAUUUUUAUUUAUUUAUUUCUCCUUCUGGUUAUAAUAAGAUAGAAAGUGCAUAACGGUUUAUAGACCAAUAUUUCGAACAACCAUUAUUCGGAAUAUGUAUGAAUUUAUAAUUAUUUAUACUGCGGUUAGAAACACUAAUACAGAUUGUAAUAGGAUAUUAAUUUGAUUACUGCGAUUUUUAUUUAUAUUCGUAAUUCUUUUUUAGUCAAUCAAGUUUUUCUAACUGCCGUAAAUAGUUGGAAUCAAUAAUAUCUUGUAUUGCGAUUAAUCCUGUCAGCUCACCUGGACUGACAAUUGUUGAAACGUAAGCGACAAACCGAUUUUAAUUGGCGUUUAAAUUUUUAUUCUCCAUUGCGCGGAUUUCCCCGAAUUAAUCAAUGCGAAAUUUUCAAUCGUUAUGCAACUGCGUAUUAUUUGUUAAUAAUUGUACUAAAGACACGUAAAUCUGUAUUUCAACGUCGUUGUGCUAAUACAACUUAAUCCUAGUUUUGAGUCAAACAAAAUAGUACAUUAUGUAACAAGGGAAUAAUCUGCUUUACUCCCGUGUUCUAUAUAGGAUUUUAUUCCCGACUUAAUUUCGGCUAAUUUAUUGACUUGAAAAGUUGUCACCCCAUUAGCGGAAAAAAAGUGCUACCUUUUUCCCGUAAAUUAGCGAAAAAUAGGAACUUUCUUCCCAAAUUGCCGCAAAUGCGGGAAAAAAGUAGAAGAGGGAUUUAUAUGCUACUUUUGUCCCACAUUUACGGUCAAUAAAGUGGCCAUUACAGUUGAGUUGGAAUAAAAGUCGUUUCUGAAAAUUGAGACAUUCGUUUUACAUAUUCGUAAUUAUUAAUCGUAACUUUUUGUCAUUGAAAUAAUAAUUGACUCUAUUAUAUGCUUAUACGUUUAUACUCAAAGAAAGUUUUAAUUUUUACUUAGCAAUUAUUUGUUAUACUGUUGCCAAUUUAUAUCUCACAAAUGAAUUAUUUUUAUAUUUCGUCAAUUGUGUCGUAUCGAUAUAAGUAGCUAGGAUACCAAGCAUGGCAGAAAAAGAAGAGAAAAACAAAAACAAAAAAUUUACGUGUAUUCCAAUCUAAUCUGUUGCUGUACAUAAAAUGACAUUAUUGUAAAUACAAACCAUUAACGUUAUUAAAAUCUA